AUGUCUUGGCUUGGCUGGUCGGCAGAUAUCAAGAAAAAAUCUUGCAAGUAUCUGCUGCAACGCUACGUCGGUCACCUCCUCGAGGAGCUUACUCUGGAUCAACUGACCAUCGAUUUAUAUAAUGGCACAUGUCAGGUUGUCAACCUCGGCCUCAACGUGCAGGCACUCAAUGAGAUGGGAGAGCAACAACAUCUACCACUGGAAUUCGUCGACGGUUUUAUAACAGAAAUUUCUCUCAUGGUACCAUGGUCGGCGUUACUUAGCCAGCCGAGCCAUGUCGAAGUUAAGGGCCUCAGGCUCACGGUGCAACCGCGACAGAGAGCUGAGACAGGAACAUCGAUGUUUGAAUCCAUGUGGAGUUCUAUGACGUCCAGUAUGCAGCUUGCGCAAAAACGUUUGCAGCAAGAUGUGACAAAUGCGGAAAAUGUUCAGCCCUUAGAGGCUGUAGAAUUGUUUGCACAGACUAUAGAUUCAGUUUUAUCUAAAAUAAAAGUGAGAUUUAUUGAUACUGUGAUACGUUUGGAGCACGUACCUUUGAGCUCUUCCACGGGAGUAGCGAUCGAAAUUUGGAUACAAAAUCUUGAAUAUUUCGACGAAGCUGGAUUAGAUCCUAGUAAUACGUCCCUGGAUCCCGAUGAAACCGCGAAAGGUUACGUCAUCUCAGCAUUCUCCACCAAACGAUUCUACAUGGAGGGAGUGACGUUCCACACCGAUGAAUUUCCUUCUCAUGCAAGAACAUUUUCUAGGAGUCUAGUAGCGAGUACAUGCUCUACUCCCGAUUCUAAAAACUCGGACAGCUUGUUUACCUCCGCACAAAUGUCCCCUACGCAGAGCAUGUUGCACACUCCGCCAGAAGGCAACGUUAACAAUUCAAAUGAAUCAAACCCUAUUAUGUUUGCUAAGUUAGCGGGUACGCAAGAAAUGAAAUUGAAAAUGAAACAAGGUGAAGGAGUGUCGGGACCAAAGGUAGAACUGGAAAUUAACCUAGGAUCGCUUACUUUGUACCUGAGUCCCAGGCAGCUGCAUGUUCUGUUAGAACUAGCACAUGGCCUAGCGUCUCCGGAUCUAGAAGACAUUAGUAACGUUGCUCCAAGAAGGUACACGGAGAAACCUAUGACCGGCAGCGAUUUUACUCGCAUAGAACGCGAGCUCAUACAUCAGACAAAUCCUAUGCAGGAUUUAAAAACUACAGAUCUACGAUACGUUCAGGGAUGGUCUUCGGCAUCUGUGGACGAAUCCGAUAACGAGGACGAAUUUCUGCCCAUGCGAUUGCCAGGAUCCACGUCGAUGAGCGACUCGAUCGCGAGUAAUAACUUCAGUAUGGAUGGUAGCAUAUCGAUCAGUAGCAUCAGUUCGAAAAGCUCGGCGACAAAUCUGCCGAGACACAAUAGCAGACACAGACACAACAUAGACAACGACGCUUCCGCGGAAACUACCCAGUUUCACAUAAGGGUGGCCUCCAUUGCUCUGAUUCUGUUGCAUGAAGAUAUAUUGACACCGUGCGUGGAACAACUUGGUCUAACUUCUAGCAGCGUCAGGCAGAUGAAGAACGCUGCAAAGGAAUUCUUCAGGCAAUUGGGAACGUUUGCGAUGGGCGGGUUUGGAAGUAAAGACUUUGAUACAGCAUCGAAAUUACUUGCGGAUGCUUGUCGACUCAGUCACAUUAGGUUGCUAGCCGCGCCAUUAAUAGUCGAAGGCAGUGAGAAAACUACUAGUCAGUACUCUAUGAUAUCGGGAAGUUUGACUUUAGCUAGUUUAGAAGUUGUAGAGUGUCUGGUCGAUUCUAACAAUCCUAGCUCGUAUGGGACACCAACGAUGGAAUUCGUCGAACUUUUAGCAUUUACGAAAGAGAGCGCAUCUAAUGUCGGGUUUUCUAACAAAACCGACCUUAGAAUGAGUUUUAAAUAUACACAAAAGGCUGUCCGACAUGCUCACAUGAUGAAAUUUACACACCCACGCACAGAAAUUGACAUGCAACUGGAGCCUUGCAGAGGCGAGGUAGACAUCACAAUUGUAGAUAGAAUAUCUGCUGUUCUUAAUCCGCAGCCAAUAUGUACUUGCAACCCUGUAGUAAAUGCUAGAGAUUCUAACCAACAAACGUUAUUCGAUCAAGCUGUGGACAGCGCAACACUGCCAGAUACUAAGGUGGACGUGAAAAUUUCUUCGUCUCUAUGUACAAUUAAGUUAAGAUUCCCCGUACCAGACUUGAGACCGCUGCACGAUAUGAAUCGUGCUCCAUGGUGGAAGAGAUCUGUGAGGUCCGAUUAUAUGAUAGUGCAAAUGACAGACGCACGAGUUCACACCGCCACGGACAGUCGAGCUUCCUAUUUAGCUAGACACGAGUUGCAGUGUCGCCGAUUAUCGCUGUUAUACGUAGAGACCGAGGGCGAUACGCCGAUCGAGAUCGGACUAGCCACGGUCGAUGAAAAGAACGAUGUGUCGAAUCAGCAUGUCAACGACGGCCUUGGCUGGGCGAGAGUGGUGGUUACCAUAUAUCCGGAGCGUCUUAGUGCACCGUUGGAGGAUAGCUCCGAGGAGGAAGCGGAAAAUGAUAAGCGGACCUUGGACGAGAGCUUGGAGAAAACCCCAAAGCACGCGCCCUCCCCGUUCACCUCUAGGCGGAUCAUGCGCGAAUCCGACACGCUUCACUCGAGAUCUCGCGAGCCUGGUGAGAAGAGCGAACAGAGCGACGGCGAGGAAUUAAUCAUACCAGGCAGUCGACAAGAGAUGAUGGAGUUUAUGGAAGAGGGCAUCCAUGGCUCUAGAGUGCAACUGGAAAUCAGCUUACCCUGUGCUUCCGUCCAAAUACCAUCUAAACGUAUUUACGAACAGCUGUACAAUCGAUUCAACACCGAUUUAUUCCUGUGGGAGCCAUCCGCACCCAGACCUAAAUACACAGGUCACAUGGAGAGUCGCAUCAGCCUCGAUUUGGCGUCGACUCUCUUACAGGAAUCUGCUUAUCCUAAAUUCAGCAUAUGCAAAAGCGGGAUCCAAUACAACUCCGAUUCUGACUCGGACGAGGAAGGUAUAUUUCACUCCACGACGAACGAGAAGGGUCACAAGGAUUACCAGCAAGCUCGAACAUCGCGGAAGGCUCAGAGCAAGCUGGCGAUGACUUUGAGCAUCAAUCAGGGUCUUCUGACGAUGUAUACUCCCGUACGCGAUUCCAUGCGCAACGUUAUACCUGGUCAACAGGGAGAACUGAUCGUUCGACUGGAGGACGCCACGAUAUUUUCCGUGACGGCGUACAAGGGGAACGCGAAUCUGAGCUACGCUUGCGCCAUGACGAGGAGAGCGUCGCUUGAUCACUGCGGUCUGACGACGAGUCCAUCGCAGACGCCACCGUUGAGAUCUAUUAACAGCGUUAGGCCGCGACACUGCAAGAGGACCAUAUAUCGCAGCGGCGUCAACAGUAACAUAGCGGCGAAUCCUAGCGAGAAGGACAUGAUGACGGUGGCGGUGAGGAUACAAGCGGCUCAUCAAACGCACCGCAUAAAGACCUUCCGAGUCGCGAUGAGCAUCAGCAAUGCGACGUUGAGGCACCGUAUGUGUUCCGCUGCCACCACGUGGUUCACAGAGAUGAUGGAUUGUUUGGACGUGGCCGAUCAUCCAGUCGCUGGCUAUACUCCGCCAGGUGUUCUGACGGAGCUGCACUUGCACCUGUGGGACUGUGCAAUCGAUUACAGACCGCUCCAUUUGCCACUGAGGUCUGUAGUGACGCUCGGUAACUUCAGCGUGUCGAGCAACAUUACGGCGCAGACGAAUACGUCGACGUUGCGAUUUAUCGCGGAGGACGUCGCUCUCUUCAUAUCGAACAAGCUGCGCGAGAACGCGGUGGACCUUAAACGGGACUACGUGUGCGUGAUGAACUUUGGCUUGUUCGAACUGUCGCUGCGUCUGAACGAGAAGAUGUACGGCGGCGCGCCACGAGUUGAUCUUCGAGCGAGCAAUAAUGUAUUGCACGUACGCACAUGCUCGGACUCCGGUCGCGCUCUCAUGCAGUUGCUCACUUAUAUUGCCAACGACAGCGAUUUGCAGCAGCCGAGUAGCGCGACCAGCAGCACCGAAAGCAUCCCUGUCGUACCGCCAGCAUCCACGAGAUACGAAGAGAAUCUUCUGGGAGUUGAGAGCAUCAACACCUUGAGCAGGAGUCAAGUUGAACGAGUGUACACUUUGAUGGAGGACGCGUUGGAGGAGACCGCGAAGGGGACGACGACUCAAGGUAAAAGCGAAAACGGGAAAAUGCCAAUGACGGAGAAUCGAGUCGAGUUCUUCUUCCCCGACGAGUCUUGCGUUGCAUCGCGAGCGAAGGAAACGCAAAGGGCUCUGAAGGAUUACAGUAAGACGAUCACGUGCGGUGUGGAGGAGGACGAUGACGACGACGAGUUUUGUAUUCUGGGAGAAGAGGUCGGUGUGGGAAUAAUACCGCGCUACGGAGUACCUGAGGUUCGCUCGCUCUGCCAAGAACCGUUGAGAAUAGUGGAUAAUCAUUUUUCCGUGCCGACCGGCAAAACUGACCUGCUGCAAACUCCGCCGAAUUACCCGACGCCCGUCUUGAAGUACACGCUUUGCGAGAUGACGCUAAUAUGGCAUAUGUACGGUGGCAACGAUUUCGACAGCUCGCAACCACCAUCCACCAAGCACGUGACCAUCAAUGACAAUCGCAAUAUUGCGCAUGGAAGAAGCAGAUCCGCCAUAGGUGCAGUAGGAUUCAACAAAUCAAGUCCAAACGAAGUGCACUUCGGCAGCGUGCCGAAUUCACCGCGCUUAACAAGAAACAACGAAUCGCCGAUCGAUUGGCAUACGCUGGGUGGCCCGAACAGGCAGCACGACGUGUUGAUGGAACUGCAACUCAGCAAGAUGCGCUUCCAACACGAAGUUUAUCCGGAGAACACUCGGGAAGCAUCUAGGCAGGUGCUACUGGUGCACGAGAUCGAAGUAAGAGAUAGACUGGCGUCGUCGUACAUAAACAAAUUCCUUUAUCAAUACAGCAGCGAGGCGAGACCCAGGCAGUCUCACUCCAUUAUGUUUACCAUGAAGGCAGUUCACGUAAGGCCGGAUCCCAGAUUAAGUGCCCAAGAAUGUUGUUUGAAACUUAGUCUACUGCCACUGCGGCUGAACAUAGAUCAAGAUAGCCUACUGUUCUUAAUACAAUUUUUUAACGAAUUAGGCGGUGGAUCGAAGCGAAGCCAAGAAAACUCUAGCACACCUAAUAGCUCGCAAUCCACCCCCGUAUCGAAACAAGGAACACCCACGCAUCACCCGCCCAUUAUGAGCGUGAAUGAUGACGUGUUGUUGACGAAUGACGAUUACGCAAUGAUGAAUAUGUCGCAGAAUAAUAUCAUUGAUCAGAAUCUAUUAAUACUCUUGGAAGACGAGCUGACGUUCAGUGAGGACAAGACUAAAGCCAAAGCCGUUCAUCAGGUUCACGAUGAUAACCAGCCGAUAUAUUUUAGAAGCGUGGUAUUCGGCCCAGAGGUUCUCAUCAGGUUGGACUACCAUGGAAAGCGCGUAGAUUUCACUCAUGGACCAUUGGCGGGUCUCUUAAUGGGCUUGGCAGAACUGAACUGUUCCGAGUUAAGACUGAAGAGAUUGUCACACAGGCACGGGCUGUUGGGGUACGACAAACUUCUCACGUAUCUGGCUUCAGAAUGGUUGCAAGACAUCAAGAAGAAUCAGUUGCCGAGCUUACUCGGCGGCGUAGGUCCAAUGUAUUCUGUAGUACAGUUAUUUCAAGGCAUACGCGAUCUAUUUUGGUUGCCGAUCGAGCAAUAUCAAAAAGACGGAAGAAUCGUUCGCGGUUUACAGCGCGGAGCGAAUAGUUUUACAACGUGCACCGCAAUGGCUGCGUUGGAAUUGACCUGUAGGAUCGUACAGGCGUUACAAACUACAGCCGAGACUGCAUACGACAUGGUUAGUCCUGGCCCCAGCGUGAGAUGUAAAACCAAAGGGCAUAAGGGCCGUCGAAAGAGGUAUAAUCAACCGCUGGACAUUCGAGAAGGGGUUGCCAACGCUUAUACGUUGGUCAAAGAGGGUUUGGGUGAAACGGCAACUCAAUUGGUUCGCGUUGCGAGCGAAGAGCACGAGCAUAAGGGCACGGUCGGCGCGGUUGGCGGUGUAUUACGGCAGAUCCCGCCGACGGUCGUGAAGCCGAUUAUCCUGGCUACGGAGGCGACGAGCAACGUAUUGGGAGGCAUGCGGUCAUCGCUGGUGCCCGAUGCACGUCGGGAAGCGGUACAGAAGUGGCGACAGGAUACUGAUGCUAGUUAAUCCCGAGCAGGAAAAUAGCUAAAUCGUUUUGUCAAACCGUCAGUCAAUUUCGCUCAAAUAACGCUUCUCGAUCAUGGCUCGGUCAUUAAAAUCGAGCCGCUUUUUACUGUAAUGUAUUCAUGACACGUACACGUACGAACGAAAGAGAACGCUACGUAGAAUAAGAGAGAGCCAUACGUUCGCCUUACGUUUGGUGAUAUUGUGAUCAUUGUGAUUAUUCUCACUAGAUCUGUGCGAUUUAUUUUCGCUUGAUCGGUGCGAUUAGGCCUCGAUGGAUGGCAGCGAGUGCAACGGAAGAUAGACCUAAGACGUGGAUCGCCAACGAGAGAGCCAGAAGGAGUUGUCGUUGGGUCCUAAUUACGAGUGCUAUACAAUAUUAAUAUAGUGAUAUAUAUUGGUUCCAUUCAUUUCUUUUGUACAUUAUAUGAAUGUACAAAAUGCGACUUAUCAUGUAAGAUGUAAAGAUAGCUAUGCGCUUUAUCGUGAAGAAAUAUAUUAUAUAGCGAUAAUAUAUUCCUUCUGCAUUAUAUAUAUUUUUGUUUUGAUCAUGUAAAUUGUUUUAUACCAAUGACAUGUAUUCGAGAUUUUUAUUAAUAAAAUAUUACAUAUAGGAAAACAUUCCUUUCGUUUGUCUAAAUGUGUAGAA